CCCUCUCCCCCCUCUUGGGAGCCCGUUGAUAAAUAACCGCCUUCUCCUUUCCACCCUGCUUCCUAUAAACCGGCGGCAGUUUAACUCUCGCAUCGUUCACACAAUGCGGCCCAGCCAUCACCACCUUCCGCCUCAACUUCUUCGCCGGGACGUCCCCCUUCCUCUUCACCCCUUCCAUCUCCCUCUGCCACGCCUCCCAGCGUUCCCGCUCCAUCUCCUCCUCCAGCUGGUCCAGCUUCUCCAUAAUCUUCUUGCCCUUCGGAGUGUCCGGCGCCGCGAUGAGCUCCUGUUCGAUGAGGCCCAGCUCAACAAGCGCCCGACGUCUGCGUUUCAUGUACAGCUUUGGAUUCUCACGGCAAGCGCCCGCAGCGUUCGAUGGGAUGGCGUCGAAGAUAGCAUUGAAGCGAGCGGCGGUGGUGCGCCAGCUGUGCUCGCGACGGACGUAGAUGAAGGUCGCUUUGGGGCGGAGGGGGCCGAUGGGCGCGACGACAUGGGAGUCCGCACGAGAGCGCGCGGGGGCGAGCACAGGCUGCUUGCCUGGUGCCGGCACAAAGUCAGUAUGAGUCAAGACAGGGUGGCGUAUUUUUUUGGCGCCUUUGCUUGUGCAAGACACAGUGGGAUAGGACAGAGUGAGUGAAUACCUCCUGUAUGUCUCGGCCAAGCGACAGAGGCCUCGCUCUCCUGCAAGAAAGACACAUCCACUUUAUACCCGGUGAUCAAG